GAGAGUCAGCGCGACGUUGGGUACUAACUGAAACUCUCGACGCCAAGUUUGCGUAGUCGAAAUCGUCCUCACUGUUCUCGUGAUUCCUCUCUUUCUCUCUGUGGAUAGAAGAAGAUGGUAGCUGAUAGCAAAUUCGACCUUUCAUUGCCCAAAACAUUGGCCUGUAGUGCCUUCGCUGCCUGCGUCGGCGAGGUAUGUACGAUUCCAUUGGACACAGCUAAAGUUAGGCUUCAACUCCAAAAGUCUGCCAUACUUGGAGAUGUUACUCUGCCUAAGUAUCGGGGCUUGUUGGGAACUGUUGGCACCAUUGCAAGGGAAGAAGGGGUUCGUUCACUAUGGAAAGGCAUUGUACCGGGAUUGCAUCGCCAAUGCCUCUGUGGAGGUUUAAGAAUCGGAAUGUAUGAGCCGGUCAAAAACUUGUACGUUGGGAAAGACCAUGUAGGUGAUGUUCCAUUGACCAAGAAAAUCCUUGCUGGUUUGACAACAGGCGCUCUGGGUAUCAUUGUAGCCAAUCCCACCGAUCUUGUGAAAGUAAGACUCCAAGCUGAAGGAAAACUAGUUGCAGGUGUACCAAAACGGUACACUGGAGCGCUGAAUGCGUAUUCAACAAUUGUGAGACAGGAAGGAGUCCGAGCUCUUUGGACUGGUCUUGGACCUAAUGUAGCUAGAAACGCUAUCAUCAAUGCUGCUGAAUUAGCGAGUUACGAUCAAGUGAAACAGACAAUCUUGAAGGUUCCUGGUUUCACUGAUAACGUUGUCACACAUAUUCUAUCUGGACUGGGAGCAGGAUUCUUUGCUGUCUGCAUCGGUUCCCCUGUUGACGUGGUGAAGUCAAGAAUGAUGGGCGAUUCUGCAUACAAGAACACUAUAGACUGCUUCGUCAAAACACUGAAGAGCGACGGUCCUAUGGCAUUUUACAAAGGUUUCCUCCCUAACUUUGGACGCCUUGGCUCAUGGAAUGUCAUCAUGUUUUUGACCCUCGAACAGGCAAAGAAGUAUGUCCGAGAACUAGGUUCAUCUAAAUAAUACGGAGACACACAAAGUUUCAGGCAGAGAUAAUAAGAGCACCACUGUUUUCUAGUUAAUUUCGGUGGUCGAGAGAGAGGACUAGAAUCUUCCAGAAUAGCGAGUUGUUUUCAAUCAAAACUGUGAAAUAAAUUUCCUGUUGGUAGUAGCUCAUAUUUGGGCUUGUACCAUUCAAACAUUUAUAUGAACACCAGAGAUCCAUCUAAAUAAUC